AUGGCUAAAAAAAACAAGAAUAGCUUGAAAAGUUCGACCCCAGUUGAUGACAUUUCUGUUGCUACUGGCAAAAAGAAGACAAAGGGAAAGAAGGGACAAGAAGCAGAACCAGAUGAUGAUAAAAAGACCAAGCAACAAAAUAAUAGGGCAAAGGUAACAUCCACAGCGAGCUGGACAGGUAAAUUACCUCACACAAUAUUGCACGAAACAUGCCAGAAACGAAAAUGGAAUAAGGUAGAAUACGAUAUGAAGAAAAUCGGUGAAAAGGGCUUCAUUGCCAUUGCUGUUUUGUCCUUCACUGAUCCAAAGACGAAAGAAACAUUGACUGCAAGAAUGAGCGACCCAACUUAUGACAAAAGUGCAGGAAAAGGCUUUGUAAUUCCGCAAGAAACUCCAGUUGAAGCUAGACACAUGGCCUCUACUAUUGCGCUAUAUCGUAUUGCAUAUAACACUAACCUGCAUAUGAUGCUUCCGCCAAACCAUAAAAAGACGUGGUAUGCUCUUGAUGAUUUUCGCAAAGAAAAUCUGAAAAGAGACGAAAGGCGUAUAAAUAAACUAUUCGACCUUGACCCCUUCAAGACAGCGUUGGAGGAUAGGAAGCUUAAACUCCAACGUGAAAAGGAACAAUUGGCACAGAAUAACCAAGCGCAGAAAGAGCAAGUUGGACGGACUAUUUCAUCUAGUCGUAGUGGGCUUUCCUCCAAGAAAAAUCUGAAAGAGAGCAAGAGCAAGUUAAUGUCCCAUAAAAACUCAAACCAACCUUCACUAGUAAAGUUUCCAAAGAAGGUUUGGGAGAAUUCUAUUUUCGUUGACCUUGAUGAAUCUUCUCGGCAACUAAUAGAAACUUCAUUGAAGGUUAAAAUUGAUUGGCAAAGUAAAAAACUCACUCAUACCAAUGAAGCAACCGCUGAGGAUCGGCAGCAGCUCAAGGCAAAGCUUUUAACUCUACAAUUUAGGCCAAAGCACAUAGAGGAGGCUAUGUUUUAUAAAGAUCCGUUGUCUUUCCUAUUAUUCAAUUUGCCUGAAGAUGAUUUACCACCAUUCUUUCAUAAAAAGAAAGGAGAUACCAAAAACAAAGUAGAAAUAUCGAAUUUACCCUUAUCAACUAGAAUGAUUGUUGAGAGAUUAACAGAGAUUGGUGUUUCUUCAGAUGAAGCUCUGUUGGCUUUACAAGAAAAUAACAUGAAUGAAAAUGAGACAGCUGGGUUUUUGACGAGGGAAUGUUUGCCAACCUUAGAAGAUGGUCCAAACGAAGAAGUGCCCGAAGCUGAAUCAAUAGAAUGUUGGAAUCAAGAGCUGGAUAGUCUAGAGAGUGUUUACGAGGACUGCGUGAUAGACAGCAAAGAAAAUUCUCAUUAUACACUUGAUCUAAUUGGAAAGCUGAAAAUAAAAUUGAAAGUAUAUAGAACAAAAAAUUAUCCUGCGUCCUUGCCAGGCAUUAUAGUGUCGACUUUUGAUAAAAACUACAAGUUACCUGACUAUAUCAAGAAGCAAACACUAACGAAGUUAUUGCAUUAUCUCAAAGAAGCCAACUUAAUAGGUGACAUGUUGGUUUAUCAUAUCUAUGAAUGGCUAAAAGAUAAUAUAUCUACAAUAAUCGAUAACCCUGGUCCGCUUGUUUCAGAGUCAGAUUUGAAGGGUACAAUCAGUCAAAGAAACAGGCCAAACGAUAGGACAAACAGAAAUAAUGCUAACUCAAGGAGAUUUGCUAAAAAUACCAUAUCCGAAGAUAUGCUAUGUCGUCUAAAGGAAGAGUACAUCCAAAGAACUGAAAGUUCGGAAUACAAAAACAUGCAGUUAGUCAGACAACAAUUACCUGCUUGGAAAAAGCAAAGUGUUAUUAUAGAUCUCAUCAAUAAAAAUGAGGUUGUAUUGAUUACCGGUGAAACAGGUUCAGGUAAAUCUACUCAGGUUGUUCAAUUUGUUUUAGAUUUUUUACAAAAGGAAAAAGGAGAUUUCGGCAAAAUUAAAAUUGUAUGUACGCAACCUAGAAGAAUCUCCGCCAUUGGGCUUGCUGAACGUGUUUCUGAUGAACGCUGUGUACCUUGUGGUAAUGAGAUAGGUUAUGUUAUAAGAGGUGUCAAUAAGACUAAAGAAUGCACACGCAUCAAGUUCAUGACCACAGGUGUUCUCGUUAGAUUGUUACAAAACGCCAGAACUAUGCUGGAGAAUACAAUUGUUCUCAUCGACGAAGUUCAUGAGCGUUCUAUUGAUACUGAUCUGAUAGUAACAUUGAUGAAAAAUCUCUUGCGCAAAGUCCAUGGUAUGAAGAUUGUCCUAAUGAGUGCUACUGUCAAUGUUGAAUUAUUCAAGAAAUUCUUCCCUGGAUUAGCUACAUGUCAUAUAGAAGGACGCACUUUUCCAAUCACAGAUUAUUUCUUAGAGGAUAUUUUGGAUACUUUGGAUUUUAAAAUUAAAAGAGAGAAGUUCCUAUCUUAUGAUGAUGAUGCUGCUGAUGGAAGGACCGAUGACGACCAAUGUCUAAAACCCAGGGCAGAUUCUAAAUUUUUUACAUCCGGGCAAAUCAAUUAUGAUCUGAUCUGCCAAGUCGUUAAACAUGUGGAUAAACGUUUAGAGGAAACUAACAACAAUGGUUCCGUCAUUGUUUUCUUACCUGGUGUAGGCGAGAUUAACAAGUGCUGUAAAUUGCUAUCUGGUAAAACGAACGAAGCAAAAUUUGUAAUAUUACCCUUGCAUUCAGCUUUAACACCUGAGGAUCAAAAAAGAGUAUUCAAAAAAUACCACGGGAAGAGGAAGGUUGUUAUUUCUACAAAUAUUGCCGAAACUUCUAUUACUAUUGAUGACUGUGUUGCCACUAUUGACACAGGUCGUGCCAAGUCAGUGUUCUACAAUCCAAAGGACAACACUACAAAACUAAUUGAGUCAUUUAUUUCAAAAGCUGAAGUUAAACAACGUAGAGGCCGUGCUGGUAGAGUGCGUGCAGGUUUAUCGUACAAGUUAUUUUCUAAAAGCUUAUACGAAAAUGACAUGAUAUCAAUGCCAAUUCCAGAGAUUAAAAGAAUUCCAUUAGAAUCUCUUUAUUUAUCUGUUAAAGCCAUGGGCAUAAAUAACGUCAAAUUUUUUUUGAGUACUGCUCUAGAUGCCCCUCCCUUGCCAGCCCUGCAAAAGGCAGAAAGGAUGUUAACUACAAUAGGACUUGUAGACGAGUUCGACAGUUCGCUCACACAAUUAGGUCAAUUCAUUAGUUUGAUGCCCGUUAUGGACAGUAAACAUGGUAAAUUGCUAAUUUAUGGUAUUCUAUUUGGAUGUACGGACAUUUGUGUUUUACUGGUUUCGAUACUCAGUAUUGGUACUUUUCCCUUCAUCGGAGGCUUUGAAAAUAGAGACAAAAUAAAGAAUCUGCUAUCUCAAUAUGAAAAUCGUGGGGAUUUGUUUGCAGUAUUGGAAAUAGUCAGAGAUUAUUUGCAAAUCGAAGAUCCAACUAUUAAAAGAAAAUACGCCAAAGAUCAUUUACUCUCAUAUAACAAAAUUAAUGAGAUUAAAUCAUCAAUAGCCCAAUAUUACUCUAUCUUGAAGGACGUGGGAUUUCUACCGAUGAACUACAGAGCAGGAAAAUCCUCUAAUUUGAAUAGGAACGAGAAAAAUUCUGAUAUAUUAAGAGCCAUUCUGACCGGUGCGUUCUAUCCACACGUGGCGAGGGUACAGUUACCAGAUGUGAAAUAUUUAUCAACAAGUUCUGGUGCUAUUGAAAAAGAUCCUGAAGCCAAAAUGAUCAAAUACUGGAUCAGAAAUGAAGAAUAUCAAGACAAAUUGGAGGAAUUCAAAACAAACAAUUUGCACGGAACACAAAAAGUUGAAUUGGAAAAUUUAUCUUUGCCCGCUACCAGGGCAUUCAUUCAUCCAAGUUCUGUUUUAUUUUCAACCAAUUCAGUAAAUCUGGAAGACGCAAAAUUACUUUCAGAAGUGGAAGGUCCAAUUUCCAAACAGUCCAAAAUACCAACUAUUGUAAGAUAUCCAUUUGUUUUAUUCACCACAUCUCAGGUCACUAAUAAGCUAUACUUGAGAGAUUUGACCCCAACUACUACAUUGUCAUUGUUGUUAUUCGGAGGGGCAAUCUCUUACGAUGUUGGGGGUUCUGUUCAUUCGCCAGGAAUAAUUGUCGAUAAUUGGCUCCCAAUUAGGACCUGGUGUAAAAAUGGUGUAUUGAUUAAGGAAUUGAGAACACAGCUUGAUGAGGCUAUAAGAAAGAAGUUAGAGAGCCCUGAUUAUGCUAAGAAAUCUCAAAUUGAUAAUUCUGAUGCAGAUGAAACGCUAAAAAUCGUGGAAAAAAUCAUAUCCUCUAAACAGUAA